AUGGCUCUGCUGGUUUGUGGUGGGAUGCUGGCCCUCCCGGCUGCAGGACGACCCCGCCCAGCACUCCUGUUCUGGAAAGGGCCUCAGCCCCAGCCUGCUCCUCCCCGCCUGGGUCCUGGCCCGGUGACAGGGCUGGGCCCGGGGCCAGAGAAGCGGCUGAGGCGAGAGGUGUGUGAGCAGGGCGCUGUCCCCGAGCCGCGCCCCGUCCCUCGCAGUGUCCAGGGGACGCGCUCGCAGCCUGGCUCCUCUCGCCCAGACUUCGUGCUGGCCUGGGAAGCAGACCCCCAGGAGCGGGAGGGGCAGAAUGAAGAGGCCGGUGCUGAGCGCGAGGGGCCCCGGCAGAAGAGAGCUGUCGACAGCCACAGGAUUUGGCGGAAGAAGUUUCUGAACAAGCUCCAGGCUGCUGGGAUCUGUAUUGAAAAGGUAGCUGGGUCCUUUCUGGGUCCCACGCAGUGGGGCUCGUGUCCCUGUGGUGAGAGACCGUCUCUUUGCUUCCAGCUGCAUGAGAUCCUGGCCACCACGCCCUACGGCCACGCCAGGGAGGGGCAGGUCGGGGUGGAUCGGCUGCUGAGUGAGGGAGUCUUUGCCGCUGCGUUUCCCCUGCAUGAGGUAAAUGCGGAGUCGCUCGGGCCUCAGAAAACUCACCCUGCGCCUUUCCCAGAGAAUGCAGGGUGACCGGGGGGGCUCCCCCAGCACUGGGCAAGGUGGGGGAAAUGGAGCAGCUGCCAGCCACUGGACCACAUCCGCAGGUACUUUGGCGAGAAGAUCGCACUCUACUUCGCCUGGCUGGGUGAGUAUGAUCCCCAGAGUCCGCUGCAGCCCGCCCCUCUCGAGAGCCUGCAGCCCUCACCCCUGCCUCCGCCCGGCUCCCAUGCUCCCAUAGCUGGGGUCAACCUCAUCUUCAUCCUCAUCCUCUCCAAGAUCUACAUCGCGCUGGCCCAUUUCCUCACCAAGUGGGAGAUGCACCGGACACAGACCAAGUACGACGACGCCUUCACCUUCAAGGUGUUUGUCUUCCAGUUUGUCAAUUUCUACUCCUCGCCCAUCUACAUCGCCUUCUUCAAGGGCAGAUCCCUGGGCGCCUGGCAGGGGGGACCAACAGCAGCUGUGGUCAGUGCCCAGGGCCGCUCACCCCCACGGCAACUGCAGACUGAGGCGUGUCUCUGCACCACAGUCCUGCAGUUUGGCUUCAUCACCAUCUUCGUGGCGGCCUGCCCGCUGGCGCCGCUGUUCGCUUUGCUCAACAACUGGGUGGAGAUCCGCCUGGACGCCCAGAAGUUUGUGUGCGAGUACCGGCGCCCGGUGGCCUACCGUGCCCAGGACAUCGGCGUCUGGUUCCUCAUCCUGGAGGUGCUGGCUCAAAUCUCCGUCAUCGUCAACGCCUUCCUCAUUGCCUUCACCUCGGACUUCCUGCCCCGGCUGUAUUACCAGUACACCCACGCCAGCGACCUGCAGGGCUACGUUAACUUCACGCUGGCCUACGCGCCCCCCGCCUUUGCCACAGAGCACAACGGCACCUGCAGGUACCGAGCGUACAGGGAUGAGAGCGGCAGGCACUCGCUGACCUACUGGAACCUACUAGCCAUCCGCCUGGGCUUCAUCAUCAUAUUUGAGCACGUGGUUUUCGCCAUUGCUCGUGUGAUAGACCUGAUAGUGCCCGACAUUCCCGAGUCGCUGGAGAUCAAGGUGAAGCGAGAACGGUACCUGGCCAAGCAGGCACUGGCUGAGAACAAGGUAACGCGCCGGCUGCGAGGGGCCAGGGGCCUUUACUCUGCAGUAGCUGAGCCGCGGGACAGCGGGAUGCCCAGCCGACUUGGAGCAGACCCUGAAAUCCGUUACCUGGCUUCUUUGGCGUCUUUCCUGGGGCACUGCGCUGCCCGCUCCUGGAGCACGGCGAGGCGAGCCCCUGCUGUUCUGGCUCCAGGCCUUCCCCUCUUCCUAAUCCCUCUCUCCAUGGUCACAGCGGGGCCCUUCGCUCAUUUCACAGAGCCCCACUGUUUGGUGCCGUGGCCGCAGGGUCUGCUGCUGGGUCAUAGAACGCAAGGCACCGAGCUCCUGCCCCCUUGCAAUGCACCUAGUGCCAAAGGGGUUUGGGCGCCAGAGCCCCUGCUGUUCUGGCUCCAGGCCUUCCCCUCUUCCUAA